GUCGUCCCGGUCGGCGCCCGGCGGGAGGCUGGGCGCGAGUCCGCGCGCUCUCCCCCCGGCCUGGGCUGCAGCGGCGCGGCGCGGCGGCGGCGGCGUAGACCGGCGGCUGCGGGGCGCGCCCCUCCCCCGCCCGCGCUCCCGCCGGCCCUCCGCCUCCUCCUGCUCCUCGGCGUCGCCGGCCCUGCGAGCUGCGAGCGGCAAGAUGGCGGCGCCCAGGCCGCCGCCCGCCCGGCUGUCCGGAGUCAUGGUGCCCGCGCCCAUCCAGGACCUGGAGGCCCUCCGCGCGCUCACGGCGCUCUUCAAGGAGCAGCGGAACCGAGAAACUGCACCCAGGACUAUCUUCCAAAGAGUCCUGGACAUCUUGAAGAAAUCUUCCCAUGCUGUCGAGCUGGCCUGCAGAGACCCAUCCCAGGUGGAACAUCUGGCUUCUAGCCUGCAGCUCAUAACGGAGUGCUUCAGGUGUCUGCGAAAUGCUUGUAUCGAGUGUUCUGUGAACCAGAAUUCCAUCAGGAACUUGGAUACAAUUGGCGUUGCUGUUGAUUUGAUUCUUCUUUUUCGUGAACUGCGGGUGGAACAGGAAUCCCUGUUGACAGCUUUCCGCUGUGGCCUGCAGUUUCUAGGCAACAUUGCCUCGCGGAAUGAAGAUUCCCAGUCUAUUGUUUGGGUGCAUGCUUUCCCAGAACUCUUUUUGUCUUGCUUAAAUCAUCCCGACAAAAAAAUUGUUGCCUACUCAUCAAUGAUUUUGUUCACAUCCCUGAAUUCUGAAAGAAUGAAAGAACUGGAAGAAAAUUUGAACAUUGCCAUCGAUGUCAUUGAAGCUCACCAAAAGCAGCCUGAAUCUGAAUGGCCGUUCUUGAUUAUUACAGACCAUUUUCUGAAAAGCCCGGAAUUGGUGAAAGCCAUGUAUGCCAAAAUGAGCAAUCAAGAAAGAGUUACACUGUUGGACCUCAUAAUAGCGAAGUUAGUCGGGGAUGAGCCCCUGACCAAGGAUGACAUCCCUGUGUUUUUGAGCCAUGCUGAGUUGAUCGCAGGCACUUUUGUGGAUCAGUGCAAGAUGGUGCUAAAAUUGACCUCUGAGCAGCAUACUGAUGAUGAGGAGGCAUUGGCCACAAUUCGGCUUCUUGAUGUCUUAUGUGCAAUGACUGCCAAUACUGAUCUGCUCAGCUAUCUGCAGGUUUUUCCUGGCUUGCUGGAAAGAGUGAUUGAUCUUUUGCGACUGAUUCAUGUAGCUGGCAACGACACCGCAAACAUCUUCAGUAGCAGUGGCUGCAUAAAAGCAGAGGGUGACAUCUCAAAUAUGGCUGAGGGGUUUAAGUCUCAUCUCAUUCGUCUCAUUGGAAAUCUGUGUUACAAGAAUAAAGACAACCAAGACAAGGUAAACGAGCUGGACGGCAUUCCCUUGAUCCUAGACAGCUGCAGCAUUGAUGACAGCAACCCCUUUCUGACCCAGUGGGUGGUGUACGCCAUCCGAAACCUUACUGAAGAUAACAGUCAAAACCAAGAUCUGAUCGCAAAGAUGGAGGAGCAGGGGCUGGCGGAUGCAUCCCUACUUAAAAAGAUGGGUUUUGAAGUUGAGAAGAGGGGUGACAAGCUGAUUCUGAAACCUACCAGUGACCCACCUCCACUGUGAAUGAACUCUCCAUCAAAAUACCUGAAUUUUUGAGAUCUGUUUCAUGGAUUUUUCGUCUUCUGCAGUAUGUGAAAUUGCAAGUGUUUGAAGAUUUAUUACGUGCAAAUUCAGGAACACAUGAGUCCUUUAGAUAAUAGAGUUUAACGUGGAUAAGCUUGAAAGUGAAAGUACAUGAGUAUUCCAUUGUUUCUUUGCUUUAGAAACUGUCUGGUUUGCCUUUGUCCCCAUGGAUACAGUGUGCAUUUAAGUAAUAUAUUGUACUUACUGUGACGGCAGAUAAUAAAUUCUUCUCUUGGAGGGUGCAUCCCUUAUUUGGCAAA